AUACAGGUGUCACCUUCUCAGGAGUGUAGGACGCAGCACACGAAUCAUCCCUUCCCUCCUUCGCGUCUUGCGUUGUGGGUGGUUUAGGACAUUUCACAAACACCUUCACUCCAAUCUCAUUUUCCAUCGCCAUUACUAUAAAUCUCAUUGCUUUCUUCACAGCUUCCUCUUCCUCGUAGCCUUCGCUUCUCUUCUCUUCAGCUCCACCAUCUUUCCCUCUCCCUCUCUUAGCCUUCCAUUCACCAUGACUUUCACAAUGGAUUCAGUUUCGGUGCUAAACCCUAAACUCGCCCACUCUAAUUUCUCUAUCCCAUUCAACAAGUUUCCCCGUACCUCCAACUUCAACCCCUUACUCAAACCCCGCGCUCUUAACGCCGCUCCACCUAACGCCCUCGCCGCCUCUUUCCUCACCCUCUACCGCCGGAAACCGUUAACCGUCGCUUUCACCGCUUCUCAACAAGAUUCCGAACACGGGGAGAUCGAAGUGGAGAAGGAGCGUGAUGCCCAUGCGGGGUCUGAGGAGUCGCAGGAGGCGUGGAAACAGACGCUGGACACGUUCAGGGAACAGGCGGAGAAGUUUCGGGGCGUAUCUCAGGACGCUUACGAGUUGUACUCGAAGAAGGCCGGUGUCAUUCUGAAGGACACCACGGUGCAGCUGAAGGUGCUGGCGGAUAAGACCAAGCACGAGUUGAGCACCGCCGCGAAGGAGAUCACCGAUGAAGGGAAGGAAUAUUUGUCCGCGGCGGCAGAGAGUUCGCCGGAGGUGAAGGACAUUGUGGACACGUUCACCACGCCAUCAGAUGAUAUCCAUAAGUUGUCUGGACUGAGGGACUUCUAUGUUGGCCUGCCGUAUGGUUUGCUGCUUUCUCUUGGUGGCUUCCUUUCCUUUAUGAUAACAGGUAACCUUGCAGCCAUAAGGUUUGGCGUGAUUUUAGGUGGUGCCCUCCUUGCUUUAAGCAUUUUGAGUCUGAGAUCAUAUAAAAGAGGACGCUCCUCUGCUCUUGCUUUGAAGGGCCAAGCUGCUAUAGCAAGUAUACUGUUUCUGCGGGAGAUAAAGUCGAUAGGCAAAGGAUCCUCUUAUUUCACCGCUCUGAUCAGUGGUGCAGUAGUGGCAUUUUUUAUCUAUAGAAUAGUACUGGAACGUAGUCAACAAAAUGGUACAAACUUGGAAACUGAACCAGGAAACUAGUUCUACGAUGAGUGUAAAAAAUUGAAGAUCGGCGUGAAGAUCAGGUAAAAAUACUGAAGAUCUACUCGAUGAUGGUCAGAAUAAAUUUUGGUGAUAAUUUUUUCAUGGUUUUUCACGGGUUGGGUCAUCAAAGACUAAAAGACCAAAUGUAGCUUGGAGAACGUGAAUAUAAUUUCCCUUGGUAGUUUCAUGUUUAGUAGUGAAUUUUGUGGAAAAUUACUAAUAUUCUAUGUAACCUUGGGAUAUUACUAAAAUCUAGAUAUAUUUAAGCUGCAGAUGGUAGCUUGGAGGGUUACAGAUUCUAAUAUAUACCAGUCAGGAGGCAGAUACUUUAGAUGUGUUUGGAUUAUGCAGAAAGUUUUGAAUUUAUAUGAAAUUAAUUUUGGACUGAGGCCAUCUAGGUUUA